AAAAAAAAAAAAAUGCCCUUGAGAAAUUGACAUUGCAAAGUGUAAGAUUAUUUUAUCCUAUUGUUGGUUGUAAACAAAGAUUUAAAUAAAUUUAUAUAUCAGAAUUUUUCUUGUUUUCUUUCUCGUAUUCUCAACUUGACAUGCUGCUUCACCGAGUAUACGAGUACGAGACUCGUACUACGAGACCUGCCCGAGACGAACUACGUUCGAUCCUGGGUUCCAACGAAGGUGAACGAAGUGAAUAUAAAUGAGGGCUGGUGCGUGUACAAUAUUGUAGGUCUUCGAAAUUGGGUAGCCGAUUAAUUUUCAUUACACUUGGUACAAUGGCCGAAUCGUUGGCCAAACACGGUAUAUACUUUGAUGAACUAAAUAAAAUACGGGUUGUCGAAACCGAAGUUUCUCAACAAACAAAUGAAUUAAAAGAAGAAUGCAAGGAUUUUGUCGAAAAAAUCUCCGAGUUUCAAAAAAUAGCCGACGGUUUUAUUCUAAUGGUUGACACAUUAGGCAAAGAAGUAGAGAAGGAAAAAAUGAAAGCUAUUGGCGCUCGAAAUCUUCUGAAGUCUGUAUCAAAACAGCGAGAAGCAGAACAGCAGCAAUUGCAGGCCUUAAUAUUUGAAAAGACUACUGAGUUAGAAAGAUUGGGUGUACAAUUACAAUCUCUUCAUAAAACUGAAAUGGAACAACAAGAGUUGAUUGAACAGUUAGUUUUGCAUCGUUGAUAUGUUUCGUUAAUUAAAGAAGAAUUUACUGAAACUUAAAGACUAAGAAUCAACGGGUGCUGCUAUUAAGAUAUGCUUUAAUUUAUAUUGCACUUUAACAUUUCAUAUCAUGAUUUAAUAAUUAAAACUUGAGGAAAUAUUAUUUGUCAAUAUAGUUAGUAAAAAUUGAUCAGCAAAAGUUCAAAGAUUACUGAAAUUUUAUUAAAAUACCACUUAAAAUGGAAAAAAAAUCUUUAAUUGUAAUCAUAGCUUAUGAUCACUUACACUGAAAAUUGUGACAGUUAAUGACAGAUGUUAUGAAGUAUCAAUUUAUUGUAGAAUAUUAACAAAGUAAUGUGAUGAAAUAAUGAAAAUUAAAGAGUUGAAUAAACUUGAAUGAAAUCAACUUUUGUUAAAAAAAUAUUUACAUUAAAGCUGAAGAAUAUCCAUAAUUUUUUUUUUUUUAUUGGAAAAUUAAUUUUAUGAACAGAUAAGAAUUUUUCAGAUAGAAUUGUGAAGAAAUAUAAAUGAAAAAGAAUUGUCCCUGAGAUGGGUAGCAAUUACCUGGAAGAGUUAUGUUAACAUAACCUAAUCUUAAACAUUUUAUUUGGACAGUCACUUUGAUUAUUCUAUCCAUUUAUUUAUACAGAUUAUGUUUGAGCAGUGCUUAAUUUUCAGGGGACUAAAAAGAAAAGGGUCUUUCUUAUUUUUUAAUUAAAGAAAAUUUGAAAAUGUUAAAUUUGAAAAUGUCGUUCCAUUGGGUUAAUGAAUGCUGUAAUUGCAUUUACACAAAAUGAAAGCUUAACAUUGUCAUACAACAUAAGACUUAUUACAUAAAAUAUUGUAAUUGUUGUACAGAUUGUUUGAAUGAAUAGAAGUGUAUUAGAAAUGUAAAUUCAGAGCACUCUUUAUUGUUUUGCUACAAAUUAACCACUGUAUCAUAUCAUUUUAAUUAAACAGAGUUCUGGAAUCUGACCUAAACUCUAAAGGAGUUAUGUUGAUGGUAAUCCUUUGUAUGUUUCAGAAUAAAAAAGUCAUGAGUUACCAAAUUACAAAAAAGUAUUAAAUUUUAAAAAAGGGCAGGUUCCUAUGUGUGCCGCACAUUGAUGCAAAAACUACUCAAUCACUUUCAGUGAAAUUUUCAUAUGUUGUUUUUAUUAGUAAUAGGAGUAUUUCAUGAGUGUUUUGAAUUAAUUUAGAUAUGUGGUGGUGUUGAUGAUCAUGAUUUAUUAUUUUCUGACUCAAGUACCCCUGAACUCUUUGCACCCCGCCGCACAGUGAAGAAUUAAGUGCAACUUCACUGCAUACAAAUAUUCUGCCCCUGCGAUUGUGAAAUAUUGACUGAAUUAUUACUUGAAUAUCGGACAAGGAAAUGAAAUUUCUCCUAGAUAGUGUCAUAACGAAUGUAUGCCCAAGUUUUAGGGAAAACUUUUUAACAGUAGGAUACUUGACAACCAGGACAUAGAACAAACCCAUACUUGCGAGAAAGUCUUUCAUCCAUUAUAGUUUUUGCACUAUGCAGUGUCAAAUGUGAUUAACAAUCACGUGAGCAGUAGUGCGUGAUAUGUAAUACAUGGCAAUAGCGAUGCAUUGUCAGGUCCACUAGUAAUAUGAAUAAAGUGAAGAAUUUGUACAUUUACUGACAUAUGUUUUAGUGUUUUUAAUAUGACAAAUUUGAAACUAUUUAUAGAAAUUUGCUUCAGACAAAUAACUUGUUUGUUUAGAAGUCAAAAAUAUAAUGUGACUUCAUUAACUUGAAUUUUCAUAAGUUAAAUUACUUGACGUCAGGAAUUUUAUUUAUUUUUAUUCUUCGUCACACACAUGAUGUUUAUUUCAACUUGAUCCGUGAUAAAUUAAACUAUUGAUUAUCUUGAACUUUUUCUUUCAAUGUAUAAAAUUCAUAAUUGAGAAAUGGUUUUUGGUUCCCAUAAUUAUGUACUUUUCAAAAUUUCAGGUUUUUACUGAGAAGAUAGUUUCAAUCACAAAAUUCUUCUACUAUUUUGUAUUUUUCAUGAAAAUCUGAAAGAGAAUUCUUUAAAAAUCUGAUUGCAAAAGAAAUUAAAAUAAGUAAUAUGUACAAAAGGCAUGAUAUAUUUAUAAACAUAGUGUUGUAAAGUGUUUAUGAAAGCUGAAGUAAAUAAUUGUUUUCUUGCAAUGUUUACUACAAUGAUAGAAUCAAAUGUGCUUUUACAAACAUAUUAUUCCUUCAACAAAAUAAAAUUAAACUAAAAGACAAAAAACAAUAAUUCAACCAAAAAUGUUUAUCCACUUUGAUUGUCUAAAGUCAAACUUUUUGAAAUUUAGAUUAGUGUCUUAAUAAGGAUUAUUAGAACACAAGUAUUCAUGAAGCCUAUAGGAGCAAGUAUUUUAAUUAUCUAUGGCCUAAUAUUAACAACUACAACAAUUUUCAAAUUGAGUAUUAUUGGAGUACAAUAAUCCUUGGCCUCCAAUUAACCAUUGUCAUCCACAUCAUCAGUCUGUCACCAUUUGCAGGAUGUACAGUCAAAUUUCAAUGACAAUUGUAGUACAUUGGUAUUUUUAAAAAGUGGAUAAAAAAAUGUACAACGUUCUUCAAUGAUCAUUAUCUUUUUGUAAGACAACUUACUCCAUAACUGAUUGAUUAUAAAACUAUGCCUAAUGGUCUCAUUUGAUAAUUCUUCAGUCUUAUGUUGUAACAUUAUAUAUUUAUCUUGUAAGUAACUAAUAUAAAACAGGUUUGAUAGAAUCAGGGAAACAGUAUUAUUAAAGAAUGCCUUUAUCAAUGAUUAUAAUUAAGUGAUAUGCAGACUCUCGUAGAAUGUAUAAUUGUCACAUUAUAUUAUUAGUGUAAAUGCAAUGGUACUUGCUUAUUUUUUUGUAGCAUAAUCUAAAAAAUUCUACACCCUUUCACAAAAAAAUCUGUUUAAUACACCCCUGAGAGAAUUUACUUUCCAUAAAGAGAUCAUUUACUAAGUUUUGUGUCUACUAUUUUAUAAGCCAUUCGAAACAGUCAUCUUCCCUUAUAAUAUUAUUUUCUUAUAUUAUACUGGACCUAUGUAAAUAUUCUGCUCUUAAUAUAUAAUUGUUUUAAAAGGUAAAAUUACUUCAGGCUAAAACCCAACUUAGAAUGUCUAGCUGCUGAACUGUGCAUUACAGGCUUAAGACUAUGAAUGAGUGCCCAUUCUAAUAGUGCUGUGAAUUGAGAUUAAAUUGCAUAGGAAAUCAGUUUCUUUAAUUUUAUGGUAAAAGAUUAUUGGUGUCUCUAUCUUCAAUUUGAAGUAUACAUCUCAAGAAGGAAGAGUGUAGUUGCAUGUUUCCUUGAGCUCCAGAAUCUCUUCCCCACACUUUUACUAUACAUUGCAUGGAUGAAAGUGACAACAAUGGUUAGUAACAUUUGAAAACUAGAAAAUUUUGCCCCAAAUUAAUAGAAAACAUAUAAGUGUUGGCAAUUGAAUACAGAUUCAAUUUCAUAGUGGUGCUAACAAAAAUAUAACACAGCCCCUGGCCCUUCUACUAUAACUUGUAAUAGGAGAGCUCAACAAAAUACGCACAAAGUGAAGCCGCAUGUAUGCUCAGAAGCAAAUCGAAGGGUAAUCUUAGCAUUUGCUCAAUGGAUCAGGUAAACUAGAUGAAAAAUCAGAUGAUCGUAUGAGACAAGUAGCUCAAUAUAUAUAAUGAACUGAAAGUUCUGUCAUGGCAAGAAUUAUCUGUCUUAAAUACCCAAGUCUUUGAAAUUCUAAUGGAAC